GAAGAACUAAAAGUUGACAUGCUCUUUUCCCCACAAAAUAGGUACCAGCUUACUACUAUGCGUCACGACAGGGAAAAGAAACCUCUUGCAGUGAUUUGCCAAAGUCUUUGGAUGAUUUCCUCGUUCCAUCCAAAGAAAGACUCGAAAACAGACCUGAGAGAUUAUGCUAACUGACUGACAAUGUCUUCAGGCGAAGAAAACUUUCACAGAUCUUUAAGCAAGAAAGAGAAACGAUGUAUUGGAGUAGUUCGCCACCCAGAUUACCAGUUACGUGAUAGUUCCACACACAAACACGAUCUGUGUUCAGAUAUUAUGUGGAAUAUUUUACCUCUCAAUCUGCGGCACAGUCGAAGCAUAGAUUUACCCUGUCAUUCCAAAGAAUUAGAUAAUCUAACAAAAGAGAAAGUAAGUCUACAGUCUUACAAGAAAGUGAGUCCAGAGAAUCCCACAUUUUGGCAAGAGGAAGAUUUUCAUUCGGUUGUAGGUCUCGAAUAUGAUGAAGAUGGAACCUGUGUUAAAAAUAACCAAAAUCAAGAUAAUGGGGACUAUUUUAGCAAAGAUAUGUAUGAUGCCAAGGAUGUGCUCGGAAAUGAUGCAAAGUUUCCGGAAGUUGAAUAUGACCGGGUUGACGAUCGUAGUAAUUUGCCGUGGAACAUUGAAGAAAAUUUAGAAAGAAAACGUGUUGAAGCUGUUGAUUCCAACUCGAGUUUAAGUAGGGAAAGAAUUAGUCAUAAGAAUUCGUUAGGACGGCAUAGGAGAAGCAGAAAAGAAGAAUCGGAAGCAAAGGAUUCUAUUAGUAAAAGACUACUCAGAAAGAGUUCUUCAUCAUACUCUUCUGAAUUACUGUGGGAUCCUCUUGAUAGCGAAAUACACACAGAAAGCAAUAACAACAGCUACAAAAGCUAUGAAAAGAGUAGUGAUGAGAAAACAAAGGAGAAGGCGAAAGCAAGUGGUGGCCACCAUGUAAACGUUAAGUUGAAGAGCAGUUUUUCUUUAUACCAAGUACGAACAGAUAGUCCUGUGAUCUCAACUAAUUUCUUCUGGGGUAAGCAAUGUCUACCAAUGCAAAAACGACCUGCCAGAAUAAGAAAUUCGAAAGCGAUUCAAAGACAAUACAGUGAUAUCACACAUAUAUCUUCAAGAUCCGAAGAUGAUAAUAAAAAUAAUGCCGCAAACUUUUAUCAUCGAUCUAUUUCUGCCGUUGAUUUUACCAAGAAAGAAGUGAUGAAAUCACUCUCGAACAUUCCAAGCAAUCAUAAUGUGCGAAAGAAGAAAAAAAGCCGCUCAUCUUUUAAGGAUUUAAUAUACAGACGUUUCAAUAUUGGUGUGGAUUACAAUUCCUGGCUGGAAAGACAAGAAAGAGUCCAAUAACAGUCACUCACUGAGAUCAAUUGAAGCGCCCGGUUUCCCCUCUUCCAAAGCAAAAUAAAAGUUUGAAGACUUGUACCCAAGUUA